CCUUUUCCAAACCUUUCUUCUUUCCUUCUCUGCCUCGUUUCCCCUGCUGCUAUUCUCCUCCUCGCCGCUCUCUCUCUCUAACUUUCUUCUGUCCGUUGCCAUUUUCUGCCAAUAUGGAGGAGAGAGAAAAAGUCUCAGACAUGAAAGCAAGGCAUGAGCUUCUACAAGGGAACACUCUAGCUACGGCUGCUGCUGGUGAUGAGCAAGUUGAGUUUCGGUGUAGAAUCGUGGCUUGCUCAUGCUAAUUUCGGUGCUAUCUUACCUGAGCUUCACAAACGAAACUUUCGUUUUUUUUUCCACGUUUUUUCUUGACCUUGUAAGACCUUUUCUUGACCUUGUAAGACCCCGCGUAGUGUGUAUUUGGUUUAACAAAUCGGUUUGUUGUGGCCUCUGCAUUUGGAUGUUGAUACGGAGAGGCUCUCAUCUGCAGCUUCCUGUUUCCGUAAAAUGCAUCUUCUCCUUCCUUAUCUAUCCCUCCCGAGCUAUUCGAAAUCAACGACACUCCCUCCCCUUCCAUGUUCCACCAUGAGAGAGACUCCCCUUGACCAUACAAGUAACAAGCGAAGGCAAUGGUGUCAUAAUCUUGAUGAAGUCAUGAUCAUAAAUGAUGCAAAGAAAGAAGCAAACACCAUCUCUCCCUCUCUCUCUCCCCAGCUGCUAAUAGUCCUGUAUGAAAAAGUUUAUAGUAGAAAAAAAGUGAGUAAUAUACUUUUUCUUCAGCAACAAGAAAUGAAGGUAUAUAUUUGUGGUAGAAAGAGCUGUUUUUCUCUGUUUUCUUUGUUGACCAAUGACUGGUUUUCAAGGGCUUAGUUUGUAAGUUUUAGUAACUUUAUGUAUCCAAAAUAAAAGCAAACGAAAUUUGAUUUGAACCACA